AUGCAGGCGUCCCCCGCUCUCGGACGGCGCAUAGAGCCUAUGCUGCGUGCACGCACCGGCCCCGCGCGGCCGUGCGCCCCCUCCGCGGCGCCCCUCCCGCGGCCGGGCCUCACGCGCGCGCCCCGCCCGGCUCUCCGCCACCUCCAGCAGCGGCCGGAGCCCGCCGCGCCGCUCCGCGGCCCCGCGCCGGCGUCCUCGGCGGCGCUGGUCGGUUCGACAGGGGAUGAGCCGGAGAAGCGCACGCGCGACGACGCCGGCGAGUACACCAAGCCGUUCAUCAUCACGCGGCUCAUCACGUUCCUCGCCAUCGUCGCGGGGUACUCCUGCUUCUACCUGACGCGCAACUCGCUCACGUACACCGCGCCCGUCAUGGUCGCCACGCCGGGGCUGGGCAUCGACAUCACGAUGAUCGGCGCGAUGACGUCCAUCUUCCCGAUCGCGUACGGCAUGUCGAAGUUCGUGGCGGGCGUGCUGGGCGCGAAGCUGUCGCCCGCCGUCCUGCUGGGCGGCGGCCUGUGCGCGACGGCACUCAUCAACAUCUGCUUCGGCUUCGGCACGUCGCUCGCGUGGUUCAUGGCGUUCUGGGCCCUCAACGGCGUCCUCCAGGGCACCGGCGGCCCGUCGUGCGCGCGCAUCCUGACCAACUGGUUCGCCACCAAGGAGCGCGGGACGUACUGGGGGAUGUGGAACAUCGCGCACAACCUCGGCGGCUUCCUGGCGCCGAUCAUCGCCGGGAGCGCGGCCAAGGCGAUGGGCUGGCAGUGGGGGAUGUGGGUGCCGGGCAUCAUCGGUCUGACGGUGGGGUCGCUCAUCCUGCUCGGGGUGCGCGGGGACCCGCAAGAGCAGGGGUACCAGGCGGUGGAGAACGCGGAGGAGAAGCCGAAGAAGGCCGACGGCGCGGACGGCGAGGCGGCCGCGAAGAAGGAGGAGACGCUGAUGUCGAUCUUGGUCAACAGCGUGCUGAAGAACCCCUUCAUCUGGGGCAUGGCCAUCACGUACUUCUUCAUCUACGUCGUGCGGCAAGGCGUCACCUCGUGGUUCGUGUUCUACCUCAUCAAGGCCAAGGGCGUCGAGGACGCCGCCAGCGCCGCCAUCCGCGUGUCGGGCCUCGAGCUCGGCGGCCUGUUCGGGUCGCUGCUCGCCGGGAAGCUGUCGGACUACAUGAUCAACAAGGACACCAAGGGCGGCGCCGUCGGGAAGCGCGUGCGCGUGAUGCUCGGGUACACGGUGGGCAUCGCGGCGAUGCUCGCGGCGUUCGCGGCGACCCCCGCGGCGCUCGGCGCGCUGCAGUGGGCCACGGUCUUCAUGAUCGGGUUCUUCCUGUACGGCCCGCAGAUGCUCAUCGGCCUGUGCGGCGCCGAGCUCGUCGGCCCCAGCGCCGUCGGCGCCUCGGAGGGUCUCCUGGGGUGGAUCGCCUACAUGGGCGCGGCGAACGCGGGCGUCCCGCUGUCGAUCAUCGUGCAGCGGUUCGGCUGGGAGGCGUACUUCAUGACGCUGAUCGGGUCGUGCGCGUGCGCGUUCGUCCUGAUGCUGCCCAUGGUCAACCUCAAGAGCCACGCGCAGCGCGUCGCGGCGCGCAAGGACAAGGCGCUGAAGAAGUCGGAGUGA